AUGGACUUGCAGCAUGGAGGUGCGUUCUACAGCACCCGCAUCCGGGCUGCCGAGUCCUACGAGGAUACAGCACAUUCGGCAGUAUGUAUUAUAACGGCAGGUGUGCGUCAGCGGCCCGGAGAAAGUCGUCUUGAGCUCAUGGAUCGCAAUGCCGCAUUGUUCAAAGGCAUUAUUCCGCCCCUGGUGCAGUAUUCGCAGAACACAAUCCUGUUGGUUGUGAGUAACCCCGUUGAUCUACUGACACAUCUAGCGUGGCAGAUGAGUGGCUUGCCCCGCGAACGUGUGAUUGGCUCAGGGACAUAUUUGGACUCUUCGCGUUUCCGCACACUUCUGGCGCAGCGGCUGGGCAUCGAUACCGCUUCCGUCCAGGCCAUGGUACUGGGCGAGCACGGAGACUCCUCGUUCGUGUACCGGAGUGGUAUUACGGUUGGUGGCGUACCGUUGCGAACAUGCUUCGAGCGCAUGACCGACGCUGCGAGCGCGUCCACAGCAUUCUAUGAUCUGGUGAAAGGUGUCCAUCAGCAAGUUGUAGCCGCGGCUUACGAGGUCAUUAAGCUGAAAGGCUACACCAACUGGGCCAUUGGCAGCGCUGUUGGAAGCAUCGUUACAACGAUUGUGCAUGAUCGGCGCAAAGUGCUGCCAAUAACGACGCAUGCGGGCUCGUUGCGAGGCCUCGAGUCGGCGGAUGUAUUCUUGUCGUUGCCAUGUGUGCUAGGUCGGAAUGGUGUCGUUGAAGUACUACAAAUACUGCCGUUCAUGGAAAGUGACGAGAAAGAAGACCUCCAAUCCAGUAUAGAGGCACUCCAGAGCACGCCGAAGAAAGCAUCUUGA